ACUUUCUUUCUGGAAUGGACACUCGGAUCCACUAUUUCGGUGCGGAUUUGUUUGCUGCCUACUGAAUUACUAGCAGUAGUUCAUCUUCCAUGAGAAACUGGGGUUUCAACUGAACCGCCAUGCCGUGUGUUAGGUUCUGAUUCUGUGUGUUUGUUGGGCAAUGCACCAUCGACCUGUUAAACUUAAAUGUCAUUUAUAUUAGGAAAUUUCUUCAUUUACCACUAAAUUCGUAUUUUUAGAAACCACAGUAGGUUUUAGACAAACUACAUGAAUUUGAUCAACUCUAACUGAAGGAAUCCUCCACCUCUCCUGUACUGGACAUGCGUGGAGCGGAAUUCUACCCAGAAAUGGGUUUGUUUAUUUUGUAGGUGAUGAACCCUGACUUUCUGGAAUGGACACUCCAAUCCACCCUCUCGGUGCACUCUCUGAUACUUAGAAAAUUGGAUUAGACCCUGCAUGACAAGAAAGUAUGGGUGUGGCACCAGGAAGCAAGGCAGAGAGAAAAGCAGCAUUAGAUGCUGGAGCAUGGAUGUUCAAUGUUGUGACAUCUGUUGGAAUAAUCAUGGUCAACAAGGCCUUAAUGGCCACACACGGCUUUAGUUUUGCUACAACAUUAACUGGGCUGCAUUUUGCAACCACGACCUUGAUGACAUCAGUAAUGAAAUGGUUGGGAUAUAUUCAGCCAUCCUACCUACCAUUGCCAGAACUAGUAAAAUUUGUCUUCUUUGCAAAUCUAUCAAUUGUUGGGAUGAAUGUUAGCUUGAUGUGGAACUCUGUUGGAUUUUAUCAGAUUGCCAAAUUGUGUAUUAUUCCAGUUUUGUGCUUUCUAGAAAUCCUUUUUGACAAAGUCCGUUACUCGAGAGAUACGAAGCUCAGUAUAAUGCUCGUCCUAGGAGGUGUUGCUGUAUGUACGGUAACUGAUGUUAGUGUGAACUCUCAAGGGCUAAUAGCUGCAAUAGUAGCAGUAUGGAGCACUGCACUACAACAGCAUUAUGUUCAUCACCUUCAGCGGAAGUACUCGCUUGGCUCAUUCAACCUCUUGGGUCAUACUGCUCCUGCUCAGGCAGCGUCAUUGUUAAUAUUUGGUCCUUUUGUGGACUUUUGGCUGACCAACAAAAGAGUUGAUACUUUUAAUUAUACCAUGGUAGUUACGUUCUUCAUUGUAUUGUCGUGCAUAAUUGCUGUCGGUACCAAUCUAAGCCAGUUCAUAUGCAUCGGAAGAUUCACAGCUGUGUCGUUUCAAGUUCUAGGUCACAUGAAGACUAUUCUUGUGUUGACCCUGGGCUUUUUCUUAUUCGGAAAAGAGGGACUUAAUUUCCAUGUCGCGGUUGGCAUGACCCUGGCUGUGAUUGGCAUGAUUUGGUAUGGGAAUGCGUCAUCCAAACCAGGAGGUAAAGAGCGGCAGGUUUACAUACCAAUCAGUGAGAAAAUACAGAAGCACAGCAUACUGUUGUCUCAGUCUGAGCUUGGCCAGAAAGUCUAAGGACUGAGACUCAGUGAGAAAAUACAGAAGCACAGCAUACUGUUGUCUCAGUCUGAGCUUGGCCAGAAAGUCUAAGGACUGAGACUAGGAAUGCGAAGUUGUUGAAAUGUUAUUAGGGUUAGUACUUAUAGGAGAGUUACAACAAUCAGAUUUAUUCUUUUCAUACAUAUUUUUUAGAUGUUUUCUUAAAAUUGUAGCCAUAGCAGGACGAGAGUAUCUAGGCAAAAUGAAAUUGACUUUACUGUUCCAGCACAUUGCAGCCGCCAAGUGGGAAGAUGAUUUUGCAAUA